AUGUCCCAGCAGGCCGCCCCAGCAGCUUCAAAGCCUAUUCGCAUCUUCACCCUCCCGGAUUCUGGGAUGGGGAAGGCACCGAUCGCCAUUGGACGACACCAUGCGUCGUGGUUUCUCUGCUUCGCUAGGUUUGACGGGGUCGACGGCCGCCGUACAUGGAAGUGCUUGAAUGUCGUGCACGGGAGCGAGACCUUCCUGUCCGACUCCGCCGAUGGACAUCCCCGCAUUGUGCUAAACGACGGAGGGCGUUUUGGCAAUGAAGAUCUACUUCAGGAUUUGCUGAAGAUGCGCGACUACAAUGGCCGGGCACCUAUCAAACUGACUGCGGAGAGGGUAGGCGGACAGCCCGUCGUCGAGGUCCUUGUCCCACGCACCGAGCUCAUAUAUGCCUGCGCGCAUUGCGGAAAGUGGGAGACGAGGGGCGCGCCGCGUUUCAAGCGCUGCUCUGGUUGCUGUGCUCGUCUCUACUGUUCGCAGAAGUGCCAGAAGGCAGAUUGGACGCCUGCACUCCACAAGGCUGAUUGCUUUCUACUGAAGAUCGGAGAGGACCACGCGGUGGAGCAGCGGCGCCGUCUGCACGACAAUGACUGGGGUUUGCAUGACUUGAUCAGGACAAUGGAAUUAGGCCCAUCGGCGGACACUUCAUACGAUGAGGACUUGGACAGCGACGAGAUAUAUUUCUUCGGGAAGAGGGCAUGCACUCGAGAACUGCAUUGUCAUUGA